CCAGUUAGUCGCCUCCCAGACCUCCCAGACCAAGUCAGACAGACAACGUAACGCCUCGAUUCUCGCCGGAUCCGCCGAUUCGCCGCGAUCGUCUAUAGUGCCUAGAAACAGUUCCCAACGGAACGGUGCGAUAAAGAUAAAAGUGCAAAAACAAAGCGCACUUGGAUAUAGAGAUAACGAAGUUCCCAUGCCUACGGCACAGUGCAAGUGAAGUGAAACGAGAACGCAGUUUUCGAAUAGGAAAUAUAAAAGUGCCGAGAGUCGGAGUCAGAAUGCAAAUGUGCCGAGCAUAAAAUCGCCAAGCGUGAAAAUCUACAAACGAUAUACAUACAAUAUAUAGAGAGACCAACCAAGUGAAACUAAGUGCGCAAGCGAUCCCAGCCGAAUGACUAUGACUUCAACGGUACUCCAGCGGCCAAUUCAAGCCAAAGCCGAGAAGAAGGCCUCCAAGUCGGCCAGUUCGACGAGAAGUCGCUCCACGAUGGCCUGGUCAAAUGAGAAGCUGCGCUUCUCCUGCAUCGACAACAUUGGCCUAAAGCAGCUGUGGAAGCUGAUUGCCCUGGACACGAGUGCCAGUGCUCCCUCCUCCAAGCAGCGCAGCCCCAUGAUGUUGGAUGUGGAGCAACAGCAGCAGCAAUCGAACAAUAACAACGAGCGGAUUCCCAAUGAGAACUGCGACAACUUGGGCGACUAUUUGAGUCUCCAGAAGAAUCAGCAUAUACAAUCCAAUCAGGCUCCGGCUCAGAUGUCCCUGCUCAAGUUCUUGGCCAUUAACGCCCUAGAGUUGAGUGCCCCAGCAACGCCACAUCUCCUCCAGCACCAGCAGACUCAGACGCAGAUAAAGCCCAAGGGCUGGAUGCAGCUGUCCGGUCACCCAGAGAGCAUUGUUCCCACGUCCACCGGAAUAGUGCGCAAACGGAUCUCGGGCUUCGAGGACAGCGAGGUGAAGGCCUACCGGCUGAUCUGCCAGGAGCCACAGACCGCACAGAUAGUGCCCGCCUACUUUGGGAUUCAGGAGAUGCAGUCGCAGCACUACAUUGAGCUGCAGGAUCUGCUGUCGGGCUUCCGGGAUCCGUGCGUGAUGGACAUCAAGAUGGGCAGCCGCACCUUCCUCGAAUCGGAGGUCAGCAAUGCCACCCUGCGACCGGAUCUCUACCAGAAGAUGAUCGCCGUGGAUGCGGGAGCUCCCACGCCGGCGGAGCACGAGGCUCGGGCGAUCACCAAGCUGCGUUACAUGACUUUUCGCGAGUCGCUCUCCUCCUCGCACUCAAAGGGCUUCCGCAUCGAGGCGCUGCGUCUGCGCGGACGUCCGCCUGUGAAGGAUCUGAAGACCUGCCGGAGUGGCGAGCAGAUUGCCCAGACCAUCGAACAGUUCCUGGCGGCCCGGCGAUCCGUGCAGAAGGAGCUGCUGAAGCGACUGAAGCACAUGCGCCUGGUCAUCGAGCAGUCGUCCUUCUUUGCCCGUCACGAGAUCGUCGGCUCCAGCAUCUUCAUUGUUUAUGACGACGAUCGAGUGGGCGUGUGGCUGAUUGACUUUGCCAAGUGCCGGGAGCUGCCGCCCCAGGUUAGGGUGGACCACCGCAGCUCGUGGGCGCCGGGCAAUCGCGAGGAGGGCCUGCUGCGCGGCAUGGACGAGCUCAUCCGCUCCUUCGAGGAGGUUUACGCUAGAUGCGGCUCGCAUCGCAGCUGCCUCAAAAUCUAAUGGACGGAUCGAUUGCACCUGCAGCUGGAUCUGCAACAAAAGACUGAUCACCCAAGCUCCAUUUGAAUGAGAAGAGAACAGGAUUCAUCGCAUCGCCCGGGCUGAGCUCCACCCUAUAUUAUAUUGUAUUGACUUGUUCCAUAUUGGAACUCCGGAACCCUGGACUCAGCUCGGCUACCGUUAGUUAAGGACUAGCUGGAGAAGAAAAUAACGAUUAGUAUUGAUCACCAAGCAGCAUUUGUUUGAUUGAAACAGGUUUAAACUAAGUAUUUGUGGAAAGCAAUCGAAAUCUGAACACAAGAAAUAAAAUAUUCUAAGAAAAUUAAA